AUGGAUUGUGUUUUUACUGAUGAAGAGUGCUGUAUUAAAUGCCAAAACUCUCUCAAUUUGCUAAAUAUGUGGUAUUACUUGGACGAUUUUGGAAACCAACAAGGCCCCUUUGAUAGUUUUUUUAUUCUGUAUUAUAUUUACUCUGGAUAUUUUGACGAAGGAUCUGUAUUUUUUUCUCAUGAUAAAUCCAACGGUGGCCCGUCCAACUAUAACACACUCAACAACUAUUUGGACAAAAUAAUUGAGGACGUUAACGACCAGGCUGAGAAUAUUUUUCCAUGUACACACUUUAUGGAAUACCUCUCCUCCUCUAAAGACGAUCAAUCUGUUUCAGAGGACGUUCAGAUGCCUGACGGUUUGUAUAAUUUAAGGGGUUCCAAAGAGAUGCUAAUUCCUGGCGAAAAUAUCUACGAGUCAGCUUUAUCUAAUCCCUCAAGCAAGGAAUUUGAGAGGAAUCCGCAAUCGUCUGACGAAACAACCGACGACCCCAGUGUUAUGAGCAGCGCUAACAUUUUGAAGAAACGGAUCAUUAACAACUUAAAGGAGGCAGACGCUCACUUAAACCGAGUUAACUCGAGGCGUGUGAGCACCAUGCUUGAGAGGAACUUAUAUAAAGAGCCCCUUUAA